AGAACGCGCCAGGAGCGUCUGGGAGGUGGGAGCGCGCCUCGCAGAUGACAACAAAUUUGUCGCGCAGUGUAGGAGUCCGCUGUGCCGCCGCCGCCUGCCCUUUGGCUCUCGUGCAUACUAUCCGGGCCGACAGAACACUUUGGAAACCUCUGACCUGGGGCGCCGGGUUCCGCUCAGAGACCUGUUCCCGCCGGGCCUAGUGCGAGCGACGCGACGCGGGCCAUGGGGUCGCCCUGAGAGACGGCGGCGCAGAACUAUCAUGCAGUGGUCCCCGCGAACCUAGACCCCAUAGCAGCCUGGGGACGCCGGCCGGACCCGGUCGCCGCAGCGCGCAGCCCCGGCCCUCCCAGCCGCCAGUCCUCACCAACAUGCCUUGGCCAUUUUCGGAGUCGAUUAAGAAGAGGGCCUGUCGGUACCUCCUGCAGAGAUACCUGGGCCACUUCUUACAGGAGAAGCUGAGCCUGGAGCAGCUGAGCCUGGACCUGUAUCAGGGCACCGGGUCCCUCGCCCAGGUCCCCUUGGAUAAAUGGUGUCUUAAUGAAAUCCUGGAGUCAGCGGACGCACCUUUAGAAGUCACUGAAGGAUUCAUUCAGUCAAUUUCCCUGUCAGUUCCAUGGGGCUCCUUGCUGCAGGACAAUUGUGCACUGGAAGUGAGAGGACUAGAGAUGGUCUUCCGACCUAGACCUCGUGUAGCGACUGGGUCUGAGCCUAUGUACUGGUCAAGCUUCAUGACCAGCAGUAUGCAGCUGGCAAAGGAGUGUCUUAGCCAGAAACUGACAGAUGAGCAAGGAGAAGCAUCCCAGCCUUUUGAAGGACUGGAAAAGUUUGCGGAAACCAUUGAAACAGUGCUAAGAAGAGUGAAAGUUACUUUUAUAGACACUGUGUUAAGAAUUGAACAUGUGCCAGAAAAUUCCAAAACUGGAGCUGCACUUGAGAUCCGAGUAGAGAGAACCGUGUACUGUGAUGAGACUGCCGAUGAGUCCUCAGGAGUCAAUGUGCAUCAGCCCACAGCAUUUGCUCACAAACUGCUGCAGCUCUCUGGAGUGUCUCUCUUCUGGGAUGAAUUUUCUGCUUCAGCAAAAUCUUCCCCCAUGUGUUCAACUGCACCAGUGGAAACUGAGCCAAAGCUGUCACCUAGCUGGAACCCCAAAAUUGUUUAUGAGCCACACCCACAAUUAACUAGAACUUUACCAGAGAUAGCACCCUCGGAUCCAGUGCAGAUUGGAGGUCUAGUGGGCAGACUGGAAUUGAGUCUCACUUUGAAACAGAAUGAAGUGCUUCCAGGAGCCAAGUUGGAUGUUGAUGGACAGAUAGAUUCCAUUCAUCUAUUCCUGUCACCAAGGCAGGUACAUCUGCUUUUGGAUAUGUUAGCAGCUAUUGCUGGACCAGAAAAUUCUAGCAAAAUUGGGUUAGCUAAUAAAGAUAGGAAAAAUCGACCCAUGCAGCAGGAAGAUGAAUAUCGAAUUCAGAUGGAAUUAAACCGGUACUAUCUGAGGAAAGAUUCCCUGUCUAUGGGUGUAUCUUCAGAGAAAAGCUUCUAUGAAACAGAGACAGCUCGUACACCUUCUAGCCGUGAAGAAGAAGUUUUCUUCUCCAUGGCCGACAUGGACAUGUCUCACAGUCUGUCUUCUCUUCCACCCCUUGGAGACCCUCCACACAUGGACUUGGAGUUAUCCCUGACUAGUACAUACACAAACACGCCUGCAGGAUCGCCGCUAAGUGCUACUGUGCUGCAGCCAACUUGGGGAGAGUUUGCGAACCACAAAGAGCAGCCUGUAAGAGGGCCAGCGUUCUCGUCUGACUUGGUCCACCCGGCGCCUUUACCAAAAGCUGCCCUGCCCUCUAGGUCUGUUUCAGUGGAUGAAUCCAGGCCUGAGUUCAUCUGUAGACUGGCAGUCGGCAUCUUCUCAGUCUCCGUGCUUCACAUCGAUCCUCUGUCUCCAGCGGAAACAUCCCCAAACGUUAAUCCAUUGACUCCCUUGGCCGUCGCGUUCUUCUCUCGUAUAGAAAAGAUGGACCCAACGAGAUUGUCAGCAGAAGAUUUUAAGUCCUUCCGAGCAGUCUUUGCAGAAGCUUGUUCCCAUGAUCACCUUAGAUUUAUAGGCACUGGCGUCAAAGUGUCCUAUGAGCAGAGGCAAAGGUCAGCUUCCCGCCAUUUUAGCACCGACAUGUCGAUUGAACAAAUGGAGUUUUUGGAGUGUCUGUUCCCAACAGAUUUUCAUUCUGUCCCUCCCCACUACACAGAGCUCCUAACGUUCCAUUCCAAAGAAGGGACUGAUGCCCACCUCCCCGUGUGUCUUCAGCUUUACUAUAAGCACUCUGAGACUAGAGGACCUCAGGGUAAUCAAGCAAGACUGAGUUCAAUUCCUCAGAAGGCGGAAUUACAAAUUAAAUUAAAUCCAGUGUGUUGUGAGUUGGAUAUCAGUAUCGUGGAUAGGUUAAAUUCCUUGUUUCAAUCACAAAAACUCACUACAGUAGAGAUGAUGGCCUCGCACAUGUAUGCAUCAUAUAAUAAGCAUGUUAGUUUGCAUAAAGCUUUCACUGAAGUGUUUCUAGAUGACUCUCACAGUCCUGCGAAUCGUCGGGUGUCUGUACAAGUUGCCACCCCAGCGCUGCAUCUUUCUGUUCGCUUUCCCAUUCCUGACCUUCGGUCAGACCAGGAGAGAGGACCCUGGUUUAAGAAGUCACUUCAGAAGGAGACCCUCCAUUUAGCAUUCACAGAUCUGGAGUCUCAGACAGAGUUUGUGGGAGGAUCCACCCCAGAACAAACUAAACUGGAACUGACUUUUAGAGAGCUAACUGGGUCAUUCCAGGAGGAGAAGGGAGAGCCAUCUAUCAAGUUUUUCCAUGUGUCUGGUGGAGUUGAUGGAGACACAGCAUCAUCAGAUGACUUUGACUGGCCAAGAAUGGUACUGAAAAUAAAUCCACCAGCCAUGCAUUCCAUUUUGGAGAGAAUAGCAGCUGAAGAGGAGGAAGAGAGUGAUGGUCACUACCAGGAAGAGGAAGAAGGAGGGGCUCAUUCCCUGAAAGAUGUCUGUGACCUGAGGCGACCAGCCCCAUCUCCCUUUUCCUCUCGUAGAGUAAUGUUUGAGAAUGAGCAGAUGGUGAUGCCAGGAGACCCUGCGGAGAUGACAGAGUUUCAGGAUAAAGCCAUCAGCAAUUCUCACUAUGUGCUGGAACUUCUGCUACCAAAUAUUCACAUGACACUGCCCAAUAAAAACUUUUAUGAGAAGCUGUAUAACAGGAUCUUCAAUGACUUGCUUCUCUGGGAGCCAACAGCUCCUUCACCAGUGGAGACACUUGAGAAUAUUUCCUAUGGCAUUGGGCUCUCGGUAGCCAGUCAGCUGAUAAACACCUUCAGCAAAGACAGCUUCAGUCCCUUUAAAUCUGCAGUUCACUAUGAUGAAGACAGUGGAUCUGAAGAAGAGACUUUGCAGUAUUUUUCUGCUGUUGAUCCCAACUAUCGUUCCCGUAGGAAAAAAAAGUUGGACUCUCAGAACAAGAACUCUCAGAGUUUCCUCUCAGUCCUUCUGAGUAUCAAUCAUGGAUUAAUGGCAGUGUUCACAGAUGUAAAGCAAGAUAAUGGAGAGCCGAUGGAAAAUAAGCAUGGUGAAUUCUGGUUAGAAUUCAACAGUGGCUCAUUAUUUUGUGUGACAAAAUAUGAAGGUUUUGAUGACAAACACUAUAUCUGCCUGCAUUCCAGCAGCCUUAGUCUGUACCACAAAGGCGUAGUAGAUGGAGCCAUUCUUGCUACAGAGACACGGUUGCCCAGUUCAACCCGCCCACAUUGGUUGGAACCUACAAUUUACUCCUCUGAAGAAGACGGUCUCAGCCGAGCUGCCUCUGACGGCGUUGGAGGAGACAAUUUGAAUAUGCUCUCAGUGGCAGUGAAGAUAGAGUCUGAUAAACCCGAGUCCAAUACGAAGGAGUUCCUUGUGGCCGUGGGGCUGAAAGGAGCCACUCUACAGCACAGAAUACUGCCGACUGGACUCAGUUGGCACGAGCAGAUUUUAAACUUCUUGAAUAUUGCUGAUGAACCUGUUUUAGGAUAUAACCCUCCAACUUCAUUUACAACUUUUCAUGUUCAUCUUUGGAGCUGUGCACUUGAUUACAGGCCCCUUCACCUGCCAAUCCGAUCCCUUCUUACUGUUGAGACAUUCAGCAUUUCUAGCAGCGUUGCCUUGGAUAAAUCUUCUUCCACUCUCAGAAUCAUCAUGGAUGAAGCUGCUUUACUCCUAUCUGACAAGUGUAACACUGUCACUAUAAACCUGAAUAGAGAUUAUGUUCGUGUGAUGGACAUGGGACUUUUAGAGCUGACCAUAACUGCAGUGAAGUCAGAUUCUGAUGGAGAACAGACUGCGCCUCGCUUUGAGUUGCACUGUUCCAGUGAUGUCGUCCAUAUCAGAACCUGCUCAGACUCCUGCGCUGCGCUAAUGAAUCUCAUUCAGUAUGUCGCAAGUUACGGGGACUUACAUGGACCUAACAAAGCAGAGAUGAAGCCUGGAGCCCCACAGAGAAAGCCAAAGGUAGAUUCCAGUGUUCACUCAUCAUCACGUGGCCCCGUGCUUCCUGAAGCUGAGCAACAGAUUUUACGGGACCUGAUGAGUGACGCCAUGGAGGAGAUUGACAUGCAGCAGGCCUCUGCCCCUGUCGGACCACAGGCUAAUGGUGUCCUGGAUGAAAAGUUGCACACUCAGGAGCCGUGCUGUUCAGACCUCUUCUUGUUCCCAGACGAGAGUGGGAAUGUGUCCCAGGAGCCAAGCCCUGCUUAUGCUUCCCCCACUCACCACCUGAUCAGCGACACAAUGCCAGGCGCACCCACUGAGAAUGAUGAUUUUUGCAUUCUUUUUGCACCAAAAGCAGCCAUCCAGGAGAAGGAAGAAGAGCCAGUGGUGAAGGUCAUGGUUGAUGAUGCGAUUGUGAUAAGAGACGACUAUUUCAGUCUGCCCGUUACAAGGACAGAUGGCAGCAGAGCCCCACUCAAGUUUCCUGUCCCUGACAUUCGCUAUGUUGUGAAGGAAGUCUCUCUGGUGUGGCAUCUCUAUGGAGGCAAGGACUUCGCAACAGUUCCUCCUCCUUCUCCAGCCAAGAGUUACAUUAGUCCCCAUAGCUCACCUUCUCAAACACCUACAAGGCAUGGGCGUCAUACAGUCUAUGGGGGCAAAGGAAGAAAUCAUGACUUUUUAAUGGAAAUCCAAUUAAGCAAGGUGAAGUUUCAGCAUGAAGUCUACCCCCCGUGUAAGCCCGAGUGUGAGUCCAGCCUCCUAGAAUACCCGGUCUCCAGGCAGGUGUUCGUCGUUCAGGAUCUUGAAAUUAGAGAUCGGCUGGCGACAUCACAAAUGAACAAAUUUUUAUACCUGUAUUGCAGCAAAGACAUGCCUCGUAAAGCUCAUUCCAACAUGUUGACAAUUAAAGCAUUGCACGUCCGUCCAGAGUCUGGUAGGUUACCGCAGGAAUGCUGCUUGAGGGUGUCACUGAUGCCGCUUCGCCUCAAUAUCGACCAGGACGCUUUGUUCUUCCUCAAGGAUUUCUUCACAAGUCUUUCUACAGAAGUGGAGCUACUCUUGACUCCAGAUCCAGAAGUUACAAAGUCUCCUGGAGCUGAUGUCACCUGCAGUUUGCCAAGACAUUUGAGUACCUCAAAGGAGCCAAAUCUAGUUGUUUCUUUCCCUGGGCCAAAGCAACCUUCCUCAAACCGUAGUGCCAAUUCAGUGGAGGGGGCUAGUGGACUGGAGGAGAAGGACUUCUCAGCUGAGGAAGUUUCAUUUAGUGACCAGCCUGUGUUUUUUAGAGAAUUCAGAUUCACGGCAGAAGUUCCUAUUCGGCUUGACUAUCAUGGCAAACAUGUGUCAAUGGAUCAGGGAACACUGGCUGGGAUUUUGAUUGGCCUGGCCCAGUUGAACUGUUCUGAGCUAAAGCUGAAGAGGCUCUUCUAUAGGCACGGUUUGCUAGGUAUUGACAAAUUGUUCUCAUAUGCAAUCACUGAAUGGCUCACUGACAUUAAGAAGAACCAGCUACCAGGAAUCCUAGGAGGUGUUGGGCCUAUGCAUUCACUAGUUCAAUUAGUGCAAGGCCUCAAAGACUUGGUGUGGCUGCCAAUCGAGCAGUACCGGAAGGAUGGCCGCAUCGUCAGAGGCUUCCAGAGAGGUGCUGCCUCCUUUGGUACCUCAACUGCAAUGGCUGCUCUAGAACUCACAAACAGAAUGGUUCAAACAAUACAGGCAGCAGCAGAGACUGCUUAUGACAUGGUGUCUCCAGGUACCCUUUCUAUUGAACCCAAGAAGGCAAAGAGAUUUCCUCAUCACCGUUUAGCCCACCAGCCUGUGGACCUGAGGGAAGGUGUGGCCAAGGCCUACAGUGUUGUAAAAGAGGGAAUUGCAGACACGGCUCAGACCAUUUAUGAGACGGCAGCUCGAGAACACGAGAGCAGAGGGGUCACCGGCGCUGUGGGUGAAGUUCUGCGCCAGAUCCCACCGGCAGUGGUCAAGCCUCUAAUUGUAGCCACCGAAGCAACAUCAAAUGUGUUAGGUGGCAUGAGAAACCAAAUCAGACCAGAUGUUCGGCAGGACGAGUCACAGAAAUGGCGCCACGGGGAGGACUGAGGCUUCCAGUGUGACCCACAGAGUGUGUGGAGCUAAGGAGCGGGUGUCCUAGUGGCAGCUUCAUAGAGAAUUGUCUAAUUUAUGUGCUCAUCUCAGGAACAAAAGCAGUUUUUAGUUAAAUAAUUUUAUGUCAAAACACAUGCAGCCAAAACCUUGUGACAUUUUAGGGCCUGGCACUUGGCCUACAGAAGUGGCGGAUGUCUGGUGUCAUGGUCAGUAGAGAUUGCUGCCGUGCUAAAUGCUUUGCUUUCAUUAAAGUGGCUGUAAUCAUACUUGUUACUGACAAGAUCUCAUUGGGAACAUCUUUGUAAACAGUGUUGAGUGCUAAAGAAAAAUAUUGGAGCACUCCCAAAGCACCAGGGAGCACAACUCAGUUUCAACACUUCUGAUGCUGCUGAGAGAAGCCACAGGGAAAGCAAAGCAGCUAGGGCUCCAGUGUCUGAUAAAGCAGGGCCUCGACUCCCUGAGGGACCAGCUGCUCAGCUCACCUGGAGAAAGUGAGUGUCACAGACGAGAUCUGCUGUGCUGCACUUUAUCCUCUGUGCGUGCGUGCGUGCGUGCGUGCGCGUGCGUGUGUGUGUGUGUGUGUGUGUGUGUGUGUAGUGUAAUGUAAUGCCAGGAGUACUGUAUUCUCUGUCAUUUACAAGAUUACUUAGACAUAAAAAGAAGUGAAGAUGUCUCACAGAUUUUGGAAAGGAAGGUAUCCCAAAUGUAGUAAGUUUCUGUGUCCAAGUACAGCUGUGUGUUCUUUGAUGGGCGCUGUAUCCAUUGUCAAGUACACAAUGCAGACUAGUAAGGUGUGUGGUAAGGGACACUGGAAGUGGGUUUUAUUCUUAGAAAGUUAAUUAAAAAUGCUCCAAAUAUGUCCUAGUCAGCUAAUUCAAAGUACCAUUUUUACUUGGUUAAUAUUGUACAUUUUGAUAACAUGUCAGGAAUGAAUAAAGUAUUUUUAUUUAAAGGUAAGAUUGCUGUAUACUUCUGUGAAUAUUUUGUUUUUUCUGAAAGCAUAUUCAUUGAUGCAAUGUUAAUGAUUGACGGUGGGAUAUUUGGAGACACUUCUCAGAAUUGAUUGUGGUUAGUAUCACACAUUGUUGAGGAGAAAAGGAGUAAUGUUUGCAGUCUGCCUAAAGACUCAACAGAAAACCAGGACUUUGUAUUCAUCCCUGUUUAGAGUCGCAUGCUGUCCCCUUGUGGUUUCUAAAGUGUUGGUGGGUAUCAGGGUGAAGUGGAUGCCACAGUUGCAUUCCAGUUUGUGGGUGAAAAAGGAAGGUCAGUCUCACCCUCUGAAAGCUCUGAACAAGAAGGCAGUGCCAACCCCAAAUCCAGGCUCCAGAGUUUGCAAAAGUAGCGUUGUAUACAUUUGCAUAAGCUUGAUUUCCUUUGACUGCUGUGAAAUUUGAAAAAAAAAAAAAAAAAAAAAACAGAUCUCAGCAGCCACUGGUGGGCCUCAUGGGACCUCAUGUGGGCUCUUCUGUUCUUGUUAAGUGGGGCAGGUGUCUGAUACGGCCCUGGGCAAACACUGCAGGUAGUAGUGGCAUGUGUUGCCAUGACUGGCUAGCCACUCUGCCCUCCUAAUGAAACAUGCAGUAUAUGUUGCCUGUUGCAUUUAGACAGACUUCACCCUACUUCUCCUUCUUAGUUAUGUUUAAGGUCAGUGAGAGUUGGUACAUGGAAGUAACAUCCCCUUUGACCUCUGAGCUGUGUACAGCUCUUUCUUUUAACUAGUUAAAUUAAUGAAGCCAUGUAAACAAGUAUCUUUAUGAUGUCAUCUCCUGCUUCUCCCUGUUGACCUUCUCUACCUUGCCAGAGAUGUUGAUUCGGUCUCCAGGGCUAUGUGCAUUUAUCCAGGCCCUGAUGAGGACUUGUCUGUAUUUGAACACUUCUAAGUUACAUGACUGUUGUGACAACAUGUAGUAUGUUGACAGGACCCUUGGGUUGUCUCAUCUGUAGUUAACCAAGCAAAUGACUUGACUUGACCAAGGUGUCUCACCUCACUCACCCCCAGUGUCCUCUCUGUAAGGGAAAAGGUUUCUUAGGGCAAAGCUUGUGGGAAUUUCUGGGCAGUUAGGUCAUAGUGGCAUAAGCACAAAUAAUGGUGUGUGCCUCUGUGCUCAGUAGAGUGCCCAGAUGCGUGAUGUGAGUCUGGUGGCCAUGGACACCGUGGCUGUGCCACAUCAUAGCAGCUGCGGGCUACUUCAGAUCUCUACUCUCAGAGUGACACCUUCCUGAUCUGGCAGCCUGACUGGAGUAAGCUGCAGGAUUCACCUAUUGUUGCUGAGGUCCACAGAGUCCCCCAAGGAAUCAGGGAAGCAAGCUUGCUCGAGAUCGCUCAGUUGGGCCAGAUGCUGACUAUUGCCUAUGGAAACAGAGACCACAGCAAUGGGACUGCCAAAUGGGACUGGCUGGGAGCCUCCACUUCUCUCCUCUUGUCUGUCCUCACACCCUGAGCCCGGACAUCAUAGCAGUAGGCUUCCAUUUUAAUGAGGUUUCUAGGAAAUUUGAAUUCCUACUUAGGAGAAUAUAUAUUUGUCAUCAGUAUUCUUAAAAUGUAAAAGUCACUGUAAGGAAAAGAAUCCAAGUAGCAGUGUUCCUCAGUACCUGGGCCCGUCUGUCCUGCCUCCUGUCCUGUGUCCCUUGGAAGGCCACUGCAGGACCCCUAUUAGUCCAGUCAGCUGUGUCUGCUCCAGUGGCUGCCUAUCCAGGGCCCCUGCCCCUCCCUGGGUGUCCUGUGACUCAGGACUGGCACCUGGGUGUUUUCACUAUUGGGACUGGAAAUGAGGAUUCUACCCUGCCAUAAAUGGCUUCAGGGUUAACCAUUGAUUGUCCUAAUUGAAAUGAUGUAUGUGUAAAAUGCUGCAUAAAAAGCCAGUCUGCUUUACUUCUGCCUGUGUUGAAUUCAGUCCCUCCGAUUCCAGGGUUCUGGGGACAGGGGGAAACACUUCUUCCCUGCCUCCCUUCACAUCCCAUUGGGGAUGUAGAGUUUAAGAGUCCCUUGGAAGGACUGAACACAGGGGUGACAUUCUUCUGUCUGCAGCUGGAUGGACCACUUGGUAUCAAAGUCAAAUACAUGUUUGCACCUUAGGUUGAAAAGGAAGAUUAUUUGUAUAGUUUAGAGAAGUAUAUUGAUGAUUUCCUUUUUUAUCAGGAAGUUUUAUUUUGGUUUACAGGAAGGUAUAGCCACUAUUCUUAUAAGAACAUUAGUAUGUCACAUGCCAGCCUCUGUUUGGCAAUUUUCAGGAUUGUACUGGGCACACUUCCCUUUGUGCACAGUUGCAGGCCAGCCAGCAUUGCUCAGAAGUGUUCUCCGUUUCCCAGACAGAAAUUGUGGAUGAGAAAUCUUUGAGUCUUGUCAUUUCCUAUUUUGAAUCUCAUCAUUUCCUGCAGGGAUAGGACUCAGAGGUCCACGUUGGCCUUCUCUAACCAGCGCUGGGAUUGGGCAAGUCAUUCACUUUGUAGUAAGCAUCAGGGUGCUGUCUAUCCACUGCAGUUCAGAGGGUGUGACUGUAUUGUCACUUGGGCACUUGGCACCGUGCACAGGGCUGGGGCUGGCCUCUCCCUUCACAAAGGUGUUUACUUGACUGCCUCACUUUUCUGGCUGGAAUUGUCUAGCCUUGUUUGUGUAGCCCGCUGGUCCCACUGUGAUGCUUGCUUUUUCACGGAGUUUGUAGGCACCAAGUUCAUCUUUUCUGUGGAUACUCCUUGCCUGUCUCAGAUGUUAAAACAUCUCACACAGCCAUUGACUUUGCUGAGAAUCCUGACUCUCCUAAUUAUGGCAACUCUGGAUGUAAAUAAGAAUAUUCCUCUGUACAAGUAUUUUUGUGAAACAUGUAACUUGUUAGUGUGACUAUUUAAAACAUGGUGAUGUUAAGAAUACUUGUGAAAAAAAUUAAAAUAUUUCUUUUUUGUUUUUUCCUUUAA